CAAGAGACGCAUAGAUCUCCGCGCAACGCGCAUCGGUGGCGAGACCUGUCGGAGUAAAUAGAAAAUAGAGAUACGAGGACCGUCAUUUGAGACCAUGGACACAACAACCGUAAAAGUACAAUUAUUUUCGCCACAUUUAACGUGAUUCCGCUAUUUCCCCCCCGUUUUAAUUUGCUGCGCAAGGAAUCUGGUUUGCUGGAAGGAAUUAUGGAGCGCGGAUCCCGAACCCCGGAGCUCAGCGAGCAAAAACCACCUUCAAAAUCCAAUCAGGAACCCAUACGGUUCGGGAUCGACCAAAUUCUGGGCUCUGUAGACCCGGAGAGCAGCCGUGCGCACGGCGGCAACACUGCGGAUAACAGUGGUACGGAUAACACUCGCUUGGGAAGCCCAAACAAGGUGAGCAUUGCGCCGCACGCCACUCUGCCAGUCACUCUCUCCGGGAUCACGAGCUCGCUGGAGGACGCAGGGCGGGUGUACGGGGUGAGCAGCACUCUGGUGCCCCGUGGGGUGAUUCGGGUUCCGGCGCACAGACCUCUAGCCGCAGCGGUGCCGCCGUCAAUGGUGAGCGCAGUACCGGCGCUGGGCAGCCUGUGCUUCCCAUGGAUGGACAAUAAUCGCAGGUUCUCUAAAGACAGACUGCCAGCUCUAAUUCCGUUCACCGUGACCCGGCGGAUCGGUCACCCGUAUCAGAACCGAACUCCCCCCAAACGGAAAAAGCCCCGCACGUCGUUCUCCCGAGUUCAGAUCUGCGAGCUGGAGAAACGCUUUCACCGGCAGAAAUAUCUCGCCAGUGCGGAGCGGGCCUCGCUCGCCAAGAGCCUGAAGAUGACGGACGCGCAGGUCAAAACCUGGUUCCAGAACCGCCGGACCAAGUGGAGGAGGCAAACAGCAGAGGAAAGAGAGGCGGGGCGUCAGCAAGCCAAUCGGAUGCUGCUCCAGCUUCAGGCCGACGCCCUUCAGAAGUCCAUGAGCGAAUCAGUGUCCUCGGAUCCUCUGUGUGUGCAUAACUCCUCCCUCUACGCCCUCCAAAACAUCCAGCCAUGGGCCCAAGAGAGACCUGGUAAACUGGCCCCAACAACAACAACACUGGCUUAAAAUAACUCAUUAAAUGAUGCUGGAUUCAGGACAGUGAAACCUUUAACUUUGAAUCAGACACUCAAGCUCUGAUUUCUGAUUCAUCUUCAGCGGAAUAAAAUUGAGACCAUAAGACACUUACACUACCAGUCAAAAGGUUGGACACACUAAUCAUCUUAAACAUUUGAUCUAAAGGCUUCAGUCACCAUUGAAAUUGUUUUGACUACUACAAAAAUGUAUUUAGACUUUUCAGAUUUCGAAAUCUGGGUUACAGUGAGGCACUUACAGUGGAAGUGAAUGGGGGCCAACCUGUAAAUGUUAAAAUACUCAGUGUUUCAAAAGUAUAGACACAAGACAUAAACAAUAUGCGUGCAAACAUUUAUUUUAGUGUGCUAAAAUCACUUGACACCCGUUCUGUGUAAAGUUAUAUCCAAUUUUACAACUUCAUUGCCAUGACGACGUGUAAACCCAAAAUCGACAGCAAAAUGGAUGAUUUCACCAACUUCACAGCUCAAACAAUAAACAAGGUUUAACAGAAGAAUUCAUGUAAGUGCUUUUAUAAAAUUAUGAGCUUCACAUUUCUGCCUUUAAACCCUCCAAAAAUUGGCCCCAUUGACUUCCAUUGUAAGUGCCUCACUGUAACCUCGAUUUUUGCUUUUUUAAAAACUAGUCAAAAUACGUUUUUGUGGUAAUCAGCAUAAUGCUACAAAUGCUGUCGACUGAGCUUAACUUGUAUCAAACAUUCCUCUAUAGGCUUGUUUCAUGCAUUUGUAUGAAUGUCUUUACAAAACUAAAACUAUUUCUUACUUGGAUUAGUUGGAGCAGAUAGUGAAGGAACAGUUCAGCAUACAUGUGAACUUUAAUACUCUUUAAAAGCAUCUCAGGAUGCACCUCUUGAGUUGCUCGAGUGAAUCAUUUGACUGCUUUGAAAAACUUUAAAUAUAAGUUCUGACUUGUUUAACAAACUUUUUGGUCACUACAGUAAUUCCCAUCCUUUCUUUGGUGUUUCAUAGUGUCAAAGGGACUUUAUUUUGAUUCUAAAAAGUAGAAAGUUGUAAUAUUUAAGAAUGACUAUGUCUGUGUGUCAAAACGUUUGACUGGUAGUGUCUAUCUGAAUAUGGAUCAGGUUUUGAUCAGUUCUUUCAUACAGAAUGUGAGAAGCAUUUAAACAUCCUGAACAAUCUAAGCCUUUUUUUUUUUUUUUUUUUUUUUUUUUGUGGUAACAGUGAGUUCAAAAUGUAAAUGAUGUCUAUAAAAUAUCUGAGUGAAAAAAAUGACCAAAUGCAUUCCAACAGAAAUUCACAAUAUGCUGUCUUGGAAAAAAAAAGGGGGGGGCAAGGAAAUAACAGUCCACUUUAAUAAAGACUAUCAGAUGGUGUCAAUUUACUAGCUCUGUAAAUAUGAACUGUUCAAACAGUGAGUAAAGGGUGUCUGUGAGAAAGUCUACGAAAUACAGUGGUCGUGCAAAAAAUA